AUGUCCGCCGCGGCCCUCACGAUCACCGCCCCCGCGAUCACCGCGCGCGCGGUCCGCGGGACCGGCGCGCGCGCGCCUUCCCGCGGCUCCGCCGUCGUCCGGCGCGCCACCAUGAAGGGCGCUCCGGACACCGCGCUGAGCUCGGCGAAUCAGAUCACCGACGACGACGUGUCGUCCUGGGAGGAGAUCGACCGCCAGAUCUUCAACAUGUGCGCCAAGUACGCGGGCGACAGCAGCGUCAACCCCCGCAUCAUGGCCGCCACCGAGCUCGGCCGCGACAAGACCUACGAGGCUCUGGACGACAUCACCGUCGUCGAGGUGUACCAGGCGGCGUACGACGGCGGCCUGGACGAGUGCACCACGAUCAUCGACACCCACCUUCGCAUGCUCGCCGAGUGCAUCAUCCAGGACGACGUCGAGCUGGUGCGCGCUGUGUACGACAAGUUCCGCAGGCUCCCGCCCCUCCUCCAGAAAUCCUCCCUCAUCGCCACCGCGGCGGUCGCCGAGGCUGGGCUCCUCUUUGUCAGGGAGGAGUACGAGCUCGUCGAGGCCAUGCUGCGAGACGAGGUCGGCGGCGACGACGCGUCGGAAGAGGCUAAGAUGGAGUACGACAAGUCGAAGGUGAUCAUCGACGUGAUGGACAGGGUCAUCGCGGUGAUGCACGAGGAGAAGGGGGAGGUCAACGGCGAGAUCGUCUCGUCCAUGCCCUCCGUCGCCAAGUGA